GGUGCUGUUGCCUACUUUUGAAAAGAAAAAAGCUAUAUCGAUGGUUCAUUCAUUUAUGUGACGUCAUUAUGGCCUGGUUGGGUUAGGUUUGCUUGGAAAUUUUUGUUAACAAUCUUGUAUUUUAAUAUAUUAUAUGUUGUGCUACUUAUUUUAGAUUAGUAAUAUAAAUACCUCAUAUAGUACCGGUAAUCCUGGUGCCAAGAAGUGUCUGUUUCGACGACAUUUUCUGGCGAAAAUGAAUCGCCAUGAAGGAGUCAGCUGUGAUUCUUGUUUGAAAAAUAACUUCAGAGGACGACGAUACAAAUGUUUGAUUUGCAUCGACUAUGACUUGUGCGCAGCCUGCUAUGAGUCCGGCGCUACCACAAACCAACACACUACAGAGCAUCCUAUGCAAUGCAUUCUAUCUAGAAGUGACUUUGAUCUGUACUAUGGUGGAGAGGCAUUAACAUUGGAACAGCCUCAGGCAUACACAUGUCCAUUCUGCAAUAGAAUGGGCUUCACUGACACAGCACUCAUGGAGCAUGUUACGGCAGAGCAUGCAGACACUACAUUGGCUGUGGUAUGCCCAGUGUGCGCUUCGAUGCCCGGUGGGGAGCCAAACUUUGUUACUGAUGAUUUUGCUGGACAUCUCACGUUGGAACACAGGACUGGUCCCAGAGAUCUCAUUUCAUUUCUUGAUUCCUUAACGUCCAUGCACGAUGAACCAAGCGGCAUCAGGCAUGGCGGAGUUCGACGAAUGCAGCACACGGGCCGCGGCGUCACUCGCGCGCGGCGUACCAAUAUGCAGUUCAGCACGGGCGGCGGCAUCUCAUCACUGUCGCCGUCGUCUCGCGACGCCGUGGUGGACCCGAUCGCGGAGCUUCUCUCGCAGCUGUCGGGCGUGAGGCGCGGCGCCGGCCAGCCCGGCACGCCCAGUCAGCUGCAGCAGUUGCAGAUGCAGUUGCAGCUAGAGAGGCAGCAGGCUACGGCGGCCCGGCAGCAGCUGGAGCGGCUGCCGCGGCGCGCGGGCGGGGCGGGGGGCGGCGCGGGGGGGGGGGCGGGGGGCAGUGCGCCGCCCCCCGCGCCGCAGCCCGCCGCCCCGCAGCCGCAGCCGCACACAGAACCCACGGACUCACAGUUUCUCCUCUCCGGCUUUCUCGGCGGCAGCGACAGCCAGGCGGGCGCGGAGGCGGAGAGCCGCGCGGCGCUGCUGCGCGGGCUGGUGCUGGCGUCGCUGGGCCGCGCCGCGCCCGCCACCGCGCCGCCGCCGCCCGCCGCGCCGCCCCUGCCCGCCGCGCCCCGCGCCGCGCCCGCGCCCGCGCCGCCCGCCGCCACGCUGCGCGUCAAGCCGCAGCCGCGCACCAAGGAGGCGGCGGCCCGCGCGCACGCGGCGGCGCGCCAGCUGCCGGAGGGCAGGUAGGAGCGGCGCGCGGCCCGGCCCCCGCCGCGCCCGCGGCCCGCGGCGCCGCCCCGGCCCCUGCCCGGCAGCUAGGGCCCGGCCCUGCGCCCGCCGCCGGUGGAACUGUUGGAUGUUAGAUGUUACGGUAGUCCACGACCUCGGUCGCGCUCGCACUUAAGGGGUAAAGUCUGUGGCCGUCGAUGUUGUUAGUGUUUAUCCGUUGUACAUAUGGAGUCGCGGGCGGCGCCGGCGUCUCCGACCGGCCUCGCACCCUUACCUGGACUCGUUUCUUUGUUUUACGCUAACACUUAUUAGUGGACGCUUUUGUUUGUUUUGUUGGCUUUCGAAAUAUCCGUGUGAUUUCUUUUCUAGUAGAGAAUUAAUAGUGAUGGAAUGUUUUAAUCGAUUAAAUUACGAUUAAAUUAAAAAGAAUAAUGAUAUGCAUAGGGCGUCGUUAUUAAAUUAUUAUCGUACGAGAGGAGUCCUAUCGAAUUGCAUUUGCAUUAAGAUUAGAUAAGUUUUAAUAAUUCGCAAAUUCGCAGAUUACUCAAAAUUAAUUAUAAACAAAGACAACGGUCGUUCAUGAGUUUGACGUCGUUUCUUUAGGAUCGUUAUUAAAAUAAUUAUUGUAUUUAUCUUAUAUAAAGUGUAGGUAUUGUUUUAAUUUAUUCAGCAAGUCUUUAACAUAUUUCACGGUAAACACUGACUCCUCUCUAAAGUUAUUUUUAUAAAACAGUUGAAAACAUACUUACCCACAAAUUUUCACUAGCUACUCAAACAAAGUGCUUAUUAGUUUGAUUAUUAUACUCCAACAUUACAAAAUGUUUGUAUGUACCCUAAUUAAAUUCUAUAAUAUUACAAGUGUAUUUCAUUAUUUAGAUUUACUGAAACCUUUUUAUUUCCAUCAUGUUGCAGAAAAGCUGAGAUUAAAACGGCAAACGAUAUAUUAUUUAAACCUGCCCGAAAAGCAGUUAUUAUACAUAUUGUAUUGUGUUAUGGUGUUAUAGGAUUAUAAUAAUUAUUUAUAGACUGAAUAAAAGUGAAACAACUGGAAAAGUAAUCUAAACUCUUAUAAGAUUCCUUACUUUAGUUGUUAUAUUCUUUAUCUCUA